AUGAGAUGUAUCAUUAACAAAAUACAAAAUCAUUAUUAAUGCUACAUUAAUAAUUAUUUACUUAUGAAAAUAUUGUUAAUGGUAUAUCGUCGUGUUUUUUUUCGUAAAUCAUAUAAAUUUAACAUUUACCAAUAAUUCAAAGAUUAAGAGUUCAUUGCUAACAAUCUUAUGUUCUCUUAUCAAUGUUUCUGGGAUGCAUCAUUAACAUUUAACAAAACAAAUUAUUAGUAUUAAUGUUAAACUAUUAUUUACAAUAUUAGCAACAUAAAAAAUCAUUGAAAAUGUUAAUAAUCACCUGUUAUUAACUUUUCUUAAUACACCCGUCAACAAAAUACUAUGAGUUAUUAUCAAUAUCAUGCACUAUAAUUAUCAACACUUUAGCGACGUAUCAAUAACGCAAUGCAUAACCAUUGUUAUAAUACGUAAAUAAUAAAUGCUGAACGUUCGCAGGACGUGGGCUCCGUCAGGAUGGCGGCGUGAAGGGUGACACUUUGUGUUGUCGGGAUGCUGGUGUCGGUUUUGUUUUAGGAGGUGAUGAAUUACUCGCUGUCGGCGGCGGCUGGGGCCGGGUUCGACGAGGGGACGACGGUGUCGUUCGAUGAUGCAUUUGGUGGAGGAAAGGGGUCUCUGCGGCGGCAGGGAUGGCGGAGGAGGUGGAGGAUGGAAUAAUGGAGGGAUGGCAGCGGAGUGAUCUGGUCACUUUUCGCGGACGGCUGGAUAUGGAAAAAAUAUGUUAGGUUUUUAUUUUCUCUUUCUAUUAACUAUUAUUUUUCCCCUUAAUACCUAGUUUACCCUUACUAACUACCUAACUAAUAACCUACCAUAAACAAACUAAAAUUAUUUUAGCCAAUAGGAAAGCUUUAAGCAUAUGCUUAAGUUUUUAGGCUUAAGCACCAGAUCUGACCCGAUUUCAAUAUGCAUAUUACUUGUUAACACCAAGUAUUAAGAAUCAAUACACAAUAUGAACAAGAAAUUCAAAAAAAUUUGCAUUAAAUUACAAAAAUUUGAUCGCUACAUCGUAAGGUCUUCCCCAACAAAAUUUGGGUUUAGUUCAUAAUUAUAGAAAGUAAACAAAAAAAAAAUUGUUAUAGGUUUAACAUCUUGAAAUAUAAGAAAUAAAAGAAGAUGAUACAAAUAACUCAUUUCUCUAACUUUAAACUCUUAUACUCUAAUCUCUAAUAGAUAAACUCGUCGAAGUACAUCUAUAUGUGUAAUGAAGAGGGUUUGAUCCCAAUCAUCAUAAAUAAAUAUAUUAGGGCCAUAUAGGUGAUACAUAUAGCAUUGGUGAUCAAACUGAAAAAGAAGGGGGGGGGGGGACCAAACUAGAAUUAUGCGUUUCUUCGUGCGAAACGUUUGAUUUUCGGAAACGUAAAUCCCUCGAAUUCGGCGGCCUGUUGUGUUGCUUGCUGCUCAAUCAGACAAUCCUGAUUCCUGAAUAACACACGCAGACGCAGUGAAACAUUCACGAUUUCGGCUAACAAAAACGAAACCGUCAUUCUCUCCCCUCCAGCCCGCGCUUUCUUUCUCUCAAUUUUGUUCCCCCUGAGCCUCCCCUCAAUCGACUGUCAUACCUUCAACAGGAGGAGGAGAACCCCCUUUUAUCUAUACCGACGGUCUCGAACUCACGGGCUUGCCCUAACUUUGGUGUCCGCAAGCUGUUCGACGAAAUGCCUCAUCCAGUCUAAAUCACUCUAAACUAGCUAUAGUCUCCUCCACAAGCUCUCGGCAUCUUUUUUUUUUCUAUUCAAGUAUGGAAGUGGGCCACUGCUAUUUGGACGGCAACGCCGAUGCAGUGGAGUUCUGUCCGCACCAGCCCUACCACCACGUUCUAGCGGCGGCUACUUACAACUUGCAGGAAGGUGAUCAGCCUACUCGAAUGGGCAGCAUUUCACUCUUUCUGGUCGAUGCUCAAGAGGGCCAGUUUGAGCUGGUUCACCAAGUUGAAACUGCUGGGAUAUUCGAUGUUAAGUGGAGCCCGGUUGGUGGGAGUGCGAGCCCGCUUCUUGGGCAAGCUGACGCUGAUGGUUACUUGAGAAUUCAUGGCCUGCAGAGCUCCUCAGAUGCACCAAAAGUUUACUCACUGGAAGAGGUAGCAAGUCAAAAGAUUAGCUCUUCCUCUAUGUGUCUCUGCUUGGAUUGGAAUCCAUCAGCCACUUCCAUUUCGCUGGGGCUUUCAGAUGGCUCUGUCUCAGUAGUUUCAAUCUCAGAAUCCCAACUGGCAGUAGCUCAAGAGUGGCAAGCACAUGCCUUCGAGUUGUGGACUGCUUCCUUCGAUAUUCACCAGCCUCAUUUGGUAUAUACUGGGUCGGAUGACUGCAAAUUCAGUUGCUGGGAUUUGAGGGAUGACCCUUCUUCCAAUUCGGUAUUCCAGAACUCCAAGGUUCAUAAGAUGGGCGUUUGUUGCAUUGCAAAGAGUCCCACUGACCCCAAUGCAUUGCUGACGGGGAGUUAUGACGAGCAUCUCCGAGUAUGGGAUGUCAGAUCGAUCUCAAAACCGGUGAACCAAGUCUCCCUGCGCUUAGGGGGAGGAGUUUGGAGAGUUAAGUACCAUCCAUUUGUUGCAGAUGUUGCAUUAGCAGCAUGUAUGCAUAAUGGAUUUGCUAUUGUUAAGAUCAAUGAUGGGGGAAGUGAGAUAAUUGAGACGUAUGAUAAGCACAAGUCGCUGGCUUAUGGUGCUGAUUGGCAGAGAGGUGGCCUUUGUGGGGAAGGCAGAGGAAUGAGCGCUGCAGUUGCAACCUGCUCCUUUUAUGACAAGCUUGUGCGGGCAUGGAUUCCUCAAAAUACCAUUGUUUAACAAGUGACUUUCAGCAUGCUUUUGAAAAUGCUUCUUGUGAGCACACUUCCUGAAUUCACUCAUCAAUUGCCUGCUUCUGCGGGUGCUUUAUCAGUGUACUUUAUGAGGCCAAUGUAUCAUUAUCAUCUGCAACAAAACAAUUGUUUUGGAUGGGAUUCCCUGUUCUUCUUUUUAUAUGCCAUUAAAUACCUGAUCUUUGGCAUAUGCUCUUGAUCUCAGACAGAAAUCCUCGAAACAGGGGAUGAGGUCGGGCUUUGUAUAUGUUUUCCAACUCAGGAACAGGUUUUCGCUACUUGGCUUGUAUCGUUGAACUUGUUGUGCUCUGUUUUCUAGUUUAUUUGAUCAAUUUGCUUCCAUGGUUGUGGACGGUUGAGCCUUUGGUCUCUGCUACAGGAAAAAUUGUAUCGUACAGCACAAUAAAGUUUGUUUUUACCAGAUGCAGUAAAGUUCUUCCAUUAAUGUUCCCUUCACUACAUGCAAUUGCAAAGGAACAAUCAAGGACAUUGAAAAGUUCAUAAACUCAGGGGGGGACU